AUCUGACACGCCCAUACCGGAAGUACAGGAAACAUUCAAUAGUACAGCCACAUCUCGCUGUAACUAGUACGGUCUGUUCUCGUCUUUUACUCACCUUCUCUGGUUAUACUGAGACCACCAGCUGUAUUGCAAACAUGUCUACUGAAAAGAGUUUCGCCAAAGGAAGUGCUGCACCUGGUCCAGUCGCCGACGGCAAAAUCAGACUUUACAGCAUGAGAUUCUGCCCUUUCGCCCAGAGGACCAGAUUAGUGCUGGCUGCCAAAGGGAUUAAGCAUGAAACCAUUAACAUCAACCUGAAAGACAAACCUGACUGGUUCCUUAAGAAGAAUCCUCUCGGGCUUGUCCCAACACUGGAGAACCCUGCUGGUGAGGUGAUUUAUGAUUCUCCAAUCACCUGCGAGUACCUGGAGGAAGUUUACCCUGAAAAGAAGCUGCUUCCAUCCUCUCCUUUUGGUAAAGCCCAACAGAAGAUGAUGUUGGAGCAUUUCUCCAAGGUAGUACCUUACUUCUACAAGAUCCCAAUGGGGAGACAGAAAGGUGAGGAUGUCUCUGCACUGGAAGGAGAACUGAAAGAGAAGUUUGCCAAAUUAAAUGAGGACAUAGUUAACAAGAAGACCAAGUUCUUUGGUGGUGAUGCCAUCACAAUGAUCGACUACAUGAUGUGGCCAUGGUUUGAGAGACUGGAGGUGUGUGAACUCAAACACUGCCUGGAUGGCACACCUGAGCUGAAGAAGUGGACAGAGCGCAUGUCGGAGGACCCGGCGGUCAAAGCGUCCAUGCACAGUGCAGAAACCUACAAGGCCUUUUACAAGACUUACCAGGAGGGAAAGCCUGACUACGACUACGGCCUGUAGAACAGAAGGGAUCAAAAUCUAAAACCGUCCCAUUUGUUAUUCAUAUCCAGUUUUGGUUGAUUCUGGGAUCAGGUCUGUUUUUACAACUUUAUCAUAGGAACAUAUUUUGCGACAGAUAUCGUUAUGAGUUAACAUUAAAAAGGGAUACAGGAAUUAUGUGUAAUUGGAAGUAUAAGUCUUGAUUUGUUAUUAAAGGAAAUAUUAAAUAUGAACCAAAAUGAGGUACAGGAAAAUAUGGCACUUUUCUUUUCUAAUAAAAAAUGUAGAUGUUA